AUGCAUCAAAUUACCUUUCCCAACACCCAUCUCUGUUUCCUCGCCCUCUUCUUCUUCCUCGUUGUCCAACUUCCGCCAACAAUUGGGGACAUCAAAACGAUAAAAAUCUCCUCAGACUCUCGUCGCACCAUCCAUUUUGAAGAUUUCUGUUUCGAUCUUACCGGUCAUGUCAAUCUCAAGGUCUCCAAUGUCUCAAUAACCACCACCUCUACCACCCCAAUAAACUCCUCGCGUAUAGGUUUUUUCUUUGGGGACCUAUCCGCGAUCAAAAUUUAUGGUCUUGUCCUACGUCCCCAGGAAAGAAAACCAUGCAUUCUUGAGUCCCCCAAUCUAAUCCCAAGAGCCUUCCAACCCAUAGCCACAUUUGCAGAACUCUCACCUCCUCCCCAAUCUUCCAUCAGCAAAACCCUGCCCAUCCCGGCUUUUGUAUUGAACAACAAAACCCUCCCCAUCCCUUCACCAGACCAUCUCGGUAUCUUUUUUUUGAACUGUGAGCCGAAUACCUCUCUCUCGAUGAACGUUCACAUAGAAACCUAUAACCUAGACCGAAAUGGCAAGGACUAUCUUGAAGCCGGUAGAACUCAAUUGCCAAUGAUCUACUUCAUUUUUUCGGUCCUGUACUUGCCGUUUCUGGCCUCCUGGUUAUAUCUAUGCAACAAGAACAGGUUGUACGUUCGCAAGAUACACAUUCUAAUGGCCAUAUUGGUCGUAAUGAAAUUGUUGAAUCUAUUUUCCGAGGCAGAGGACAAACACUACAUCAAGGUCACUGGAACCCCUCAUGGAUGGGACUUAUGGUUUUAUUUAUUCCAUUGCCUUCGAGCUCUGCUGUUGGUAACCGUUAUCAUGUUGAUUGGGACUGGUUGGACAAUCUUAAAACCAUGUUUACAUGCCAACGACAAGAAAAUCUUGGCAGUGGGCGUAACAAUUCAGGUUAUCGCAAACAUAGCCCAUGUUUAUACCGAUGAAACCGGCCCGUCCAAUAGCAACUACGUGUAUUUGACUCUGGCGUUAUUGCUGGUCGAUUUCGUGGGCUUUACGAUAGUUUUGGUUCCAAUUACUUUGUCGAUAAAGACACUCAAGGAAGCUGCGAAGACAGAUGGAACUGCUGCGCGGGAUCUGGGAAAGAUGAGACUUUUGGGAUAUUUCAAUGUAUGUGUGUUUAUGUUCUGGCAAGUGAAGUGGAUGGCGUGGAUUUUUGUCGGUGAGAUCACGGAUGAUGAUUGUGGUUUAGAGUGGUUAACUGUUAUCAUUGAAGAGACUUUGACCAUUGGAUAUUACAUUGGAAUGUUUUCUCUGUUUCGGCCUAGGGAGCAAAAUGAGUAUUUUGUUGUUGAGGAUGAAGAGACGGCUCUUGCUACCAUUCGCAGGGAGUUUGCAGACUACUGA